AUGCACGCCGGGCUCUUGGGAAGCAGCCCGACUUCUCCCCGCUUUGUCCGCGCACAGGCUGCCCGGAACGCAGGCGCCCGGCACACACCUGCUGCCCGCACCGAGCGCGGCAGAGGAGGAGUGCGAGGCCCGCCGUCUCCGGGCUUGCCAGGUUCCCGGCUCCGACCCCUCCUCGCGGGCCUCCUGCGCUCCGGGCGCCCCGGGGGAGCCAGGGCGGCGGGACCCAGCGCUAGGUGCCGGGUCGGGGCGGCGCCCGCGGCUCGCCCGGCCCAGGCCUCCCGCGUCCCCCGCGUCCCCUCCCGAGAGGCGGGUCCUGGGGGAGGGCCGGGCACCGGCCCCGCCGCCGCGCCCGCGCCCGCCGCGCCGCCGGGGCCGCCCCGCAGGCAAGCGCCGGGCCGGCCGGGAGGUGGUGCUCGCCUCCCCGCGCCCGGGCCCGCGCGUUGCCGGGCAGCGGCUCCGAGGCUCCGAAGGGGGCGGAGCGGCGAGGCCGGCGUGCGGCUGGCGGCCCCUGUCCGCGGUUCCGGCCCCCGGCCCGCCCCCGCCUCGCCGGCCUCCCUCCGCGCCGGUGCGCGGCGCCCCGUCCCAGCCGCAGGGCAGCGGCCGCCCCUCCACGGCUUGAGCGCGCCGAGCCGCGAGGCCGGGCCGGGGCGCCUGCCGGGAGUGCCGGGGGCGCGGCGCCGACGCCGAGGCGCGGCCAUGGAGGGGAAGCCCCGCGCCGGGGUCGCGCUGGACCCGGGGCCGAGCGGCCGCGGGCCUUCCGCCCGCCGCGCCCGCCGCCGCCGCCGCCCGGGGCUGCUGCUCCCUGGCCUCUGGCUGCUGCUGCUGGCCCGGCCGGCCUCGUGCGCCCCAGAUGAGCUCUCCCCGGAACAGCACAACCUCUCCUCAUUCCCCGCGGAGCUCCUGCUGGAGACCAGCACUGCGCCCAGCGCUGCACACGUGGCCUUAACAGAGACUGCUGCGUGGUCCCAGCCGAGCAGGUCUCUGCUCCCCAUGUCCUCUCCAUCUGCCACUAGUUUUGAUACAGCCUUUUUUAACCACGGAAAACAGACCCAAAGUACAGCAGAGCACAGCAUCUUUGUGGCAAAUUAUGGGUCGGUGACGAGUAAUGAGGUGGCCUUCGGUGACGAUGACAUGGAUAACUUUUUGCCAGAUGCUCCCUGGACUUCUGCACGGAUGGUGUCCCCAAUGCAGUCCAUCAUGGUCAGCCCCCCAGAGCUGCCUGAAGAAACGCCUGAGCUCAAGCCCACUCCGUCACUACCUGGGAUUUCUCUACAGAACAAAGAGGUGACGUCCGCCUGGCAGAGCUCAGCCCAGCCACCAGCGACUUACGCAGAGUCCCCCAGUCACUUCAGCACCUUUUGGCUAGCUUUUCCCACCUCCGAGGGCAUAAUUCCAACUCCUAAUGGGAAUCUGGUGCUUUAUCCUACCGGAACUUAUAGCCAGUUACCAAGUAGGACUUUGCCAGAGACGGAGGCUCCAGUGACAGAGGACUCAGGAGCCCUGCCCUUUGGCUUUUGGUCUUCUCUGCCUCGGCCCUUAGGUGGUGACAUUCCCCCACAGCCAUCUCUCCCCCUGGGGGAGGCCUCACAGACGCCAGAGGAGAUCCUGGCCACAAGCAUAGACGGACACCCUGUUGUCACCACUGCUUGGAGUUGGCAUCUGGAAGAAACCAUCUCUCCAGGGACGUACCCUGCUGUCACCAUGUCACAGACGGCCUUUGCUCUCAGUAGCACACACUGGGCUUCAUUUCCCUCCCCUCUUGCCUUUGUAUCUUUUUCUACUCCUUCAGCUGAGGCUUCACGUGACCCCUUCCUUCCUGGAGACACGGGCGAGACCUCAGAGUUGCCUGGCAGUCCUGUGGUCCCCGGUCACGGGGCGGAUACCCUGGUCCUGAGCCCCGUGGCCUCCCUCAGGCCCUAUACGUGGUGCGCAUCCUGUGCCGUGGCAUCUCCUCGGCACGUUCUGGCCACAAGCCCUGUGGAGAGAGACGUGGGGUCAGGGGACGGGCCCGAGACCCUGACGGUGGCCACACUGGAAGUGAGCAGCCCCUCUCUGUGGAGCAGUGAGGCCACCGACCUCUCUGAGUUCGAGGAAGAUCCUCAAGAGUAUAACACGCGGUUCCCCUCCAGGCCCGUCGUCUCCCUUCCUUCUAGGUCCCUGAGGGUCUCAGAAGCAAGCCCUGGCCUGUCGGCCGAGGAGGGCCUGAGCAGCACCAUCGCCACCCAGGUGCUCCCUGCCCUGGACCGCCUCUCCACGCCGGUGUCCCUCCCGCCUGCCUCUGGCUUCUCCUCGGUGGCUGACGCUCGAGUAACGCCCUCCAGUGUGACGGCUGUGUCUUUCUCAGCGAUCGCUAGUGACCUCCUUGACUCGUCUCUCUUUGUCACGGUGAACAGAAGCACGCUGUCCCCAGUUGUAGAGGCGAGUCUCUCCCCCACUGAGAGUCAGGUUCCUUCCUUGGAGCCUUCCCCUUUCCCCCUCCAGGAGCCCUCCGGGGUGUCCCAGCAGCCAUCUGCGAGUGUCCUGGAUCUGGCGGCCAGCUUCUCCUCUACUCCUCCGCUGGAGCUGAGCAGCCCAGCCCCCUCCUCUUCACAGGUUCCUGCUGCUCCAUCUCUGAUGCCAAGUGGCCUGUCCCCCUUUGCGUCUCCGUCCCUUUCAGCCUGGGCGGCGACCUUGGCCUUGUCUGACUCUGCCGGUUUGCACCCACCUCAUCUUUCUGCCCUGAGUUCCAUAGACCUGGCGUCGUCUCAGCUCUGGCCGAGUUCAGACGUCCCUUUAAGGACGGUCGCUUUUCUCCCUGGUCAUUCUGAAGUGCCAGCGCUCCCAAGCUUGCCCUCUGAUCCUCUCCAGCUUGCUGGAUCAUCAACCGCCUGGCCCACGGACUCCGACACCCAUUUUACCUCCGCUCCCGUGGGAACUACCACCUCUUUUGAGUUUUUGCCCAUCCCCCAUGGUUCUGUGGUCACCCCGCUGGUGCCCCCGGGCUCCGAGCCCACCCUCGACGUCUCUACUGCUGGGACUCACCCCACAUCCCUGUCUGCAGCUUCCCCUUGGACACCCAGUUUUACCGAGGCUUCUUCGUCCUUGACUCUGACACUCUCUGAGGACCUGGUCAGUGCCACAGACGAUCACAGAUCUGUCUUUCCCUCUUCUUCCCAAGUCGUUUCCACUGGUCCAGUGUCCGUCAGUGAUGCGUAUCUGCCAUCAGCGUCCUCAGCUAUCCCCGGGGGGAGCUCCUCACCCCUGCCCACAGAGCCACCGUCCACACCCACAGGUUCACCAUGGAACGCGUCCCCCGAGCCAGGCACACCCAACAGCACUGCCUCCGCUGGCGAUACCGUGGACUCUGCCCUGAGCAGUGGCACUGCGAGUCAGAGCCCCCCGGAGGACAGAGCAACCCCUCCAGGGCCGUCCCUCCACCCUGUGACCACCUCCACUCUCGAAGCGACAGUGGGUACUCCAGCACCAGCCACCACCAAGUCACCCUAUGUGUGUGACAUUACAGUUCCCGAUGCCUACUUGAUCACAACUGUGCUGGCCAGGAGAGCCGUGCAGGAGUACAUCAUUACCUCCAUCAAGGAAGUGCUGAGGAUUCACUUCAACCGCGCGGUGGAGCUGAAGGUUUAUGAACUAUUCACUGAUUUCACUUUUCUGGUAACAUCGGGUCCUUUUGUUUACACGGCAAUAUCAGUCAUUAAUGUACUUAUUAGUAGUAAACUAGUGCGUGACCAAACUCCUUUAAUCCUGUCUGUGAAACCUUCUUUCUUCGUGCCAGAGUCCAGGUUCCAAGUCCAAACAGUCCUUCAGUUUGUGCCUCCCAGUGUGGAUACUGGCUUCUGCAACUUCACCCAGCGCAUUGAGAAAGGCCUGAUGACCGCUCUCUUUGAAGUGAGAAAGCACCACCAGGGGACCCAUAACCUCACGGUGCAGAUCUUGAACGUCACUGUCGGCUCCUCCAGGAUGGCGCCUCGGCGGGGCCCGGUGAAUAUUAUCUUUGCUGUUAAAAACACACAAGGAUUUUUGAACGGCUCAGAGGUGAGCGAGCUGCUCAGGAACCUGAGUCUGGUGGAGUUCAGCUUCUACCUGGGGUACCCAGUGCUGCAGAUCGCAGAGCCCUUCCAGUACCCACGGCUCAACUUGUCUCAGCUCCUGAAGUCCUCCUGGGUCCGAACAGUCCUCCUGGGCGUCGUGGAGAAGCAGCUCCAGAACGAGGUGUUUCAGGCUGAGAUGGAGCGCAAACUGGCCCAGCUGCUGAGUGAAGUUCCCACCAAGAGACGCAUGUGGAGAAGGGCCACCGUGGCUGCAGGGAACAGCGUGGUGCAGGUGGUCAAUGUGUCCAGGCUGGAGGGAGAUGACAAUCCCGUGCAGCUCAUCUACUUUGUGGAGGAUCAGGACGGGGAGAGACUCAGUGCCGUCAAGUCUUCAGAUCUGAUUAACAAGAUAGACCUUCAGAGAGCAGCGAUUAUCUUGGGGUACCGAAUCCAAGGCGCUAUUGCCCAGCCUCUGGACAGGGUGAAGAGGCCGUCUCCGGAGUCCCAGAGCAGCAACCUGUGGGUCACCGUUGGUGUGGUCAUCCCAGUGCUGGUGGUGAUGGUGAUCAUCGUCAUCCUCUACUGGAAACUCUGUCGCACGGACAAGCUGGACUUCCAGCCUGACACUGUGGCCAAUAUUCAGCAGCGGCAGAAGCUGCAGAUCCCUAGCGUGAAGGGCUUCGAUUUUGCUAAGCAGCAUCUGGGUCAGCACAAUAAAGAUGACAUAUUGAUUAUUCAUGAGCCAGCACCACUGCCAGGACCUGUGAAGGACCACACCACGCCCUCUGAAAAUGGAGACGUGCCAAGCCCCAAGUCAAAGAUCCCUGCCAAGAACGUCCGCCACAGAGGAAGGGUCUCCCCCUCCGAUGCCGACUCUACCGUCAGCGAGGAGUCCAGUGAGAGGGAUGUGGGGGAUAAGACGCCAGCCGCCGUCCACGAGGGCAAGGCCCACAGAGCCCCGCAGAGUGAGUCCAAACAAUUUUCCUGCCUGAAGGACAAGGAGGAGGAAUUGAACAUAAAUCAUAGUCAUAAAAAGUGUCCCCAGAAUUCAGUGACUUUCUUAGGAUUCAAGGAUUUCACAGCUGUCACUGUCACUCCCCCCUUGCCCAGUUCAGGGAAUGAGCAGCCUUCCUCAGCCUCCAUCUUUGAGCAUGUGGACAGGAUUUCCCGCUCCUCCGAGGCCAGCCGGCGGGUUCCCAAUAAGAUCCAGCUGAUUGCCAUGCAGCCCAUCCCGGCACCCCCAGUACAGCACCCCAUCCUGGCUGACCGAGUGGCAGAAACCAACAAAAUCAACAAAGAGAUUCAGACCGCCCUGCGGCACAAGUCCGAGAUCGAGCACCAUCGCAACAAGAUCCGGCUGCGCGCCAAGCGCCGCGGCCACUACGAGUUCCCGGUGGUGGACGACCUGUCCUCGGGCGACACCAAGGAGCGGCACCGCGUGUACCGCAGGGCGCAGAUGCAGAUCGACAAGAUCCUGGACCCCACGGCCAGCGUGCCUUCGGUGUUCAUAGAGCCCAGGAAGAGCUCACGAAUCAAACGUUCUCCUAAGCCACGCCGGAAACACCAGGUCAAUGGAUGCCCUGCUGAUGCUGAGAAGGACAGGCUCAUCACCACCGACAGCGAUGGCACAUACAAACGACCUCCCGGUGUGCACAACUCCGCCUACAUUGGAUGCCCAUCUGAUCCUGAUCUCCCAGCAGAUGUGCAGACACCGUCCUCGGCUGAGCUGGGCCGGUAUCCAGGCCUGCCCUUCCCGGCCUCUCAGUACAUCCCACCCCAGCCGUCCAUCGAGGAGGCACGCCAGACGAUGCACUCCCUCCUGGACGAUGCCUUUGCCCUUGUGGCCCCCAGUAGCCAGUCUGCUGGUGCAGCAGGGGCAGUGUCCGGAGUCCCAGCCAGCCUGCCUGUGAACAGCACCCCUUCCCGUGAAGAAAGGCGAGCCACCCAGUGGGGGUCCUUCUACAGCCCAGCCCAGACAGCCAACAAUCCCUGCAGUAGGUAUGAAGACUAUGGAAUGACUCCUCCCUCUGGCCCAUUGCCAAGACCUGGUUUUGGCCCUGGGCUGCUGCCGUCUUCAGAGCUGGCGCCCCCUGAGCCCCCGCAGCCGCAGUCAUCCGCUGAAGCGCCAUUUGCUUCCAGAGGGAUCUAUUCAGAGGAGAUGCCAUCCGUGGCCCGGCCCCGGCCUGUUGGGGGCACCACAGGCUCCCAGAUCCAGCACCUGACGCAGGUGGGCAUUGCUAGCAGAAUCGGGGCCCAGCCCAUGGAAAUCCCACCCAGCAGAGGCGGCCAAUAUGGGGGACCAGGCUGGCCUGCAUACGGGGAGGACGAAGCAGGGCGAAGAGAGGCCCCUCACAUGCUCGGACAUCAAGAUUAUUCUUCUUCACCGCUGUUUCAGGUGCCAAGGACUUCGGGCAGGGAGCCCUCAGCUCCUCCCGGGAACCUUCCUCACCGGGGGCUGCCGGGCCCUGGACUGGGUUACCCCACCAGCUCCACGGAAGACCUCCAGCCUGGCCACUCCUCAGCCUCCCUCAUCAAAGCGAUCCGCGAGGAACUCCUCCGGCUCUCCCAGAAACAGAGCGCCGUGCAGAACUUCCACAGCUGAUGGGCCUCGCCGCAGGCUGGCCAGUAUCCGCUUCCCGUGGAAGCAAGACCAAAAGGAAGUCAACUGAGUGGGUGUUUGUAGGAGGAAUGAGCAUCCUUGGGCCCCUGCCUGAGGGAGGGAGCAAGUUGCAAUUUUAGAAGAUGCCAGAAGUCAUACAACAACUCAUGACACUUCUUCUAGAUUAGCAAUUUGGUGGUCACUCGGGUUCAGUUGAAAUGUGUGUACUUUUGGCCAAAAGCCAGCAACAUUUCACAAAAACAAAACGUAAACCUAAGCUAACAAAAUGACUUAAGUCUCCUUUUUCAAGGUAAAAGAUGAAAAUGCAUAGAUGGCAUCGGGUUGGAAGGAACCGAGCGAUUCAGACUGACGUGUACGAUGCACCUGCUGCUUUGUUUUCUAAGAAGAGAUUUGAAGACGUUUUAUUAACGGCUUGAUUUCCCUCUUUUUCUCCAUAGGAACUUAUUUUAAUAGGAAUAUUAACAACAAGAAUACUAAGACUGUUGGGAGAUUUUUUAAAAAGCUACUAGUGAGAAACCAAAUGAUAGUUCUAGAGCCUGAUGACUCCAAACGAAGCCAUCGCCUGUGUUCUUCCUCCUUUUUCUGGUGCUACAGCUCCAAGGCCCCUUCGCCUUUGUGUCUGUGAAAUGCAACCUUGGCUUUGCAGUGGAAGAAUGUGUCCAAGGGUUCAUUCUGUUCUAGGGGAGGAAAAAAAAAAGCAACUCCCAAGUGGUGGGGGAGAGCUUAAUAUUUAUUUGGUUAUUCAAAAUACAUAUCAGAAUUUAGAUUUACCUCCUUGAUUGUGUUUGCCAUUUAAUCACUGGGCUUGUGCACCUCCUAAUGGGACCCCCAUUUCAGCACAUACCAUUGAGGCCAGUCCUGCAGAAUGAGGCUUUCAGGAGGUCCUAACUGGUAGAUCCUUGCAUUUUGCUCGUGAUCUUGCUCACAAAUUAUGUUUGAAUGAGAAGUCUUAUGUAAGCAGACGUUAUUUAAAACAAAUUCCCAGGACCACCAAAUUAUUGUGAAUCCAUCCCUAGUAACCCAUUCCCUGUGUUCAAGACCUGGAAGUGGAACUGAGUCCAAUUCCAGACUUUCUUCAACGAAUCAAGAAGUGUCAAGAAGAAUUUUGAGACCACAAGGAAAAGGAGAGAGUUCCCCCUCAUUUCUGAUUUUAUUGUGUUAUUACUUUGUUGAGUGACUAUUAAAACUGUCUCAUGCACUGUGGGCCAGAGAGAGGGGGUCAUCUCACUUAAAACAUGCUCCUGAAGUAAACAUUUCCCCACAUCCCACGUUAUAGUCAGAAAGAGAGUGACAUUCUGUUUUCUGGUGCCUGAGUGAAACUCAGGAAAUGCAGGCUUACAGAAGAGAUUCCCACUCUGAACCUCUUUUUAUCAGAUGAAUUAAUACUUUUGAUUAAACAACAGAUAACAAGGUAGAAUUUGGGACUGUGCUUUAAUCAAAAUCUGUGUACCUGCGCCAAGUUUUAAGGAUCUGGAAACAGCUAGAACAAGCCUCCAGAGUGUAAUCAUUGGUUCCAUAAUCAUGCUUUACUCCCUUCUUGGUUAAGCUUAUGGAACACAUUUAGAGUUUGGGGACGCAGGGAAAGUCAGUUCUGGGGAAUUCACCUGCAUUCCACUGAAAGACUAGGGGUGCAGAAAGGUAAGUAUGUUAGUUAGCUUUUUGUUGCUGUAACUGAAACAUCUGAUGAGAACAAUUUAGAGGAGGAAAAGUUUAUUUUGGGCUAUCAGUUUUCAGUCCAUGGUCAUCCAGCUCCAUUGCUCUGGGAGCAAGAGGGUACAGAACAUCGGGAUGGAAGGAUGUGGUGAAGGGAAACUUCGCAGCUCAUGGCAGCCAGGAAGCAGAGAAAGCAAGGAGCCAGGGGCAAAAUAUAAUCCCCAAGGGCCUGUCCCAGGGCCUGUUUCCUCCAGGCGUACCCCACUUGCCUGCAGUUGCUAACCAGUGGUCCCUUCAGGUUUCGAUUCAAGCUGGGCUUGGUGGUGCAUACUUGUAACCCCAGCUACUUAGGCCGAGGCAGGAGGAUCCUAAGUUCAAGGCUAGUGUGGGCAACUUAAUGAGAACUUGUCUCAAAAUAGAAAGGCCUGGGGAUGUAGCUCAGUGACAGAACACCCCAUGUUCAAUUUGCAGUACUGCCAAAAUCAAAUGAUUAAUCCAUCAAGUGGAUUAAUCCACUGAUGAGGUUACAGCUCACAACCUAAUCAUUCGCCUCCAAACAUUCCUGCAUUGGUUCUCACAUGAGCUUUUCAGGGAACACCUUAUAUCCAAACCAUGACGGUAGAUCUGUCGAAUAAAGGACUGGCAACCUCUUGUCAGGCAGUCCCCAAAGGCUCCUAGUAGCGUAGGAGAGAAGGCCCCCUUCUGGGCUAGAUUUCUUACCUCUUGGUCUUGGCUUAAUACCAGACUGUCCCUAAAAUGGAUCCUCUUUUCAUGCCACUCAGAAAGAGCAGGUUUCCUGAUUAUAAUAUUAAGGCUUAGAUAUCCAAGCAGUUUUAUUAUGGACACUUUAUAGUAAGUUCACAUCUUGUGACAGCAGAUGGAAUAAAUGACCCUUUCUCUCCCCGGAGUUCUGCUUGGUGUUCUAAGUGUUUUGCAUCUCAUGUGUCCUGAAAAUGGUUACCUCCUCUGUGUGUUGCAAAAACGGGUCUCUGCUUCAAAGGGUGUGGCUGCAAUAGCAGAUUGGAUGCCUUUCAAACUGCCGCAAAGGGAUUCUGCCUGUGCUCUCAUUCUUAGAACCAAUACACCUUUGAAGAGAAGUCAAGACCAAAGAUGACAUAUAACCAGCAGCUGGUGGCAUGAGCAGGUCCUGCAGUUGCCAGUGCUGGGUUGUUGUGUGAGGCACCCUUGGUUUGUGCUUGUUGCCCCUAAGCAGCUGCUGUAGUAGUUUACCAGUUUCCAAAUUCAAUGUCCUGACUGUUGUGGGAUGCACCACACCCAGUGGGUCUUCAGACACCCCGUUAGCGUGCUCUACUUUAAAAAAAAAAAAUCCUUCUGUUUGAUCAUGCUUAACUUUGGAGUUCCAUUUAAAUUUAAAUUUUAUGUCUGUAAUUUUUUCCUGUUUUAGAAAUUCUAGUUGUAACAAACUAUAAAUUGGAGUCAGCAUUGUAGAGGAGAUUGUUAGACUUUUUAACUAACUCCCUGUGACAGGUUCCUUCUCUGAAUUUCAUUUUCCCCUUAAUCCACAAGAACACGCCUCCCGGGCCCACCUCCCAGGUUCUCAAGUUGUGAGAAAGUGAGGUGUUCCCAUCUGCAGACAUCCCCUGAGGACGGAGCAUCAAGCACUGUGAAAACGAAGGACGUUCUCUGUACGAAUGCCCUGGAUGGGUGACGGGACCGCCAUCAUCUGCCAGCGAGGGUUCACACGGACGCAUCCAGAGCAGGACUCAAAACCCCGUGGGACUCAUGCUCCUCACUCUCCUUUUGUUUUAAACUCACCCCCUGCACACACCUUUCACAGGGCAUCAAUUAACUAUCUUUCUGCUACUGCCUUUCUGUGCUUCCGACACCAAAUAGGUCAGCAGCCACGGAGCCCUGUCUUCUGAAAUAUUAGAAUCUAAGUCAGAUGGUACCGAUGGGUAUAAACAAUGGAAGAGAAAAAAAUAACGUGGGUUAAAGAUCCAUAAAGUUCAAGUGCACAAGUGCAUUGGGUACUCAGAAGUCAUGGAAGUUGCAUGUUGGGAAGUCAUAGGCUCUCGGGGAGAGAUCAAGUCCCAGCCAGUGGUGAGAUGCACAGGAUGAGCUUGGAGUAGGGAAGGGUGUUGAAAUUAGUGUUUGCUGGCGUUGAAAAUGAACUUGAUCCUGAACAGCGGCAGCAUGGCAAACUGCAGCGUUGAGGAUGAUUCUGAAGAGGAGGCGGUGGUGCUGGUGGAUGUGUUUGCUGUGACAUGUGAGCAGACGACCAACCUGGUGGAGAUGUACUGAUGAAGGUCUCAGGGGCGGGGAGUGAGUGCAGGGGACCAGGAACUGCUGAGGGUCCAGUGUACAGUGUGCAAAUAGUGACAAGAAUGAUUCAGAGGGUUGCCACUUAGAGCAGACCUUGAUGGCCAGCCUUUCAGUAACAUUAACCCUUUUUGGAGCACAGCAGAUUUUAAAUAAAUGUAUUUGGCUUUUUUAUAGCUACGCAUUUUCCUCAAAUUUUAUUUAAUGCCAGAGUGUGUGUGGAUUUUGGUGGCACAUGGUUCUUAAGGAGUGGGUUGUUGCCAACCAGAUUUUAUGGGGCAGGAGCCUGUGUGUUGCAGAGCACAGGAGGCAUGCUGGGAAGGCGUGGGCUGAAAUGAGGAACUGCGCUUUAUGAGUCCCCCAUUUCUCGGGUACAGGGUCAAUGUUUACUGCGUUUGUGCGACGUCUUCGUGAGCUCUCCAGGAACCAAGCCAGUCCCCCAGAGGCGGUCUGCGUUGGCAGUACUCCACGAGUUAAUCAUUAAGUGCCCCUCUCCUGGCCCUUGCGUCCUGGAGCCUUAGACGUGAAUGCAUUUGACGCUUGGAAGGACAGCCGGCUAGGUUCUGGGACAGGGGCACUCCUGGUCUUGAGUCCCACACUGACUUCAGCUCUCCCGGAGUUCUCGCCACAUCAUUUCUACCUCCAGAGCAAGGUUCCAAGCUGGUGGCCAGUCUUCUCAUCCACGCUGGGCCCAGGCAGGGACGAGGGUGUCUCCUGGAUGCCUGCGGGUGGCCCGUGUGAGCACAGACGCGUUCCUAUGGCCAGUCCAUUGAACUUGGGUCUCACCUUUACUCCAACAGCUGCAGGAGGUGUUUCUAUGAGCCACGACUGUGACAUUCUCACAAAACAUAUAGACUUGACACUUGUCACCUAAUGAGCAGGGAGGGCCCAGGUUUCCAGUUUCUUUUGAUAUUUUUGGAGGAAUUGUUGAUGUUUAAACUAGAGCUCCUUUGUCCACUGUUGAAAAGACUUGAAGAACGCCGCGAGGCGGUACAGCACUCAGUCCACGCUUGUGGAACAGCACGCUUGAUCCUUUAUCUCAAGAAUGUGUAGCAGAGCCGGGCAUGGUGACACACACCUGUAAUCCCAGGGACUCGGGAAACUGAGGCCGGAGGGUCACGUUCGAGGCCAGCCUCAGCAACCCGGUGAGACCCUGUCUCAAAAAUAAAGAAAGAUAAGAAAAGGGCUGGGGAUGUAGCUCGGUGGUAGAGUACCCCUGGGUUCAGUCCCCGGUGAGGGGUGGGGGACACGGCAGCAUUGAAGUGUAGGAUGAAAAUAGUAAGUGUCUUUGAAAACAAGCAGAAACCAGUGAGAAAGUGAGAGAAGCCAUUAGUGUCUUCGUCUGAUAAACUCUAGUCCAAUUUGGUGUCCCACAGGGUAGAUAAUGAUCCAGGCUCCUUGCUUUGCUUUCUGUCUCUGGGUUUUUCUGCUCUGGCACCACUUCGUGUUUAAAAGGUAGAAGGGACCGGGAACGAAGGGAAUGAUUCUAAUCUCGCUGUCCCCGAUUGCCCAGAACCUUCUUCCCGGACUACUCGGAGCAUUGUGAAUGCCCUUUUCUUGUGUCCACCAGGUUCAAACUUGACUCCCAAGUGUGCAGGUUGGGAACAGUAUGGGUUGGAGGUCAGGCCAGACACCUGUCUGCUCCUCUGGCAGAUGUGGGGAGGAAGGAGGGAGGUACUAGGAACCGCAUCUUAGGCAUUAGCUCAUUUGCUCUGAGCUGCGGGUAGAAGACUCUCCACUUGGCCCUCCUCUGGAGCUUCACUGGGGACCCUGGAGAUUAGGCUAGUGUUAACAGGAGGGGUUGCCCCAUGGACUUCCCGGGGGUGCCAACCUAUCUCUUCCUUGGUGAAGGCCCAUGUACUUCUGAUUCUUCCCGCACCCUCUUUCCUAGAUCAUGACUAUUAAUGUAUGAAACUGCAGAGAAAAUUGGGGCCAUCCGUGGCAUCAAUACUGCAAAUUGAACCUGACAAUCAUGAUUUGCUGGUCUCAAAUGGGCACCUAAAUCUCAGUAUGGGUAUAUGAUUUAGUAAUCGAACCCUCCCUUCUACUUGGCGGUUCUGUUUCUACCCUUCAAUUAGCUGCACUGUUUUCUAAUGUGCUGUAGAUUUUUUGAAAUAAUUUAUGCAAGUGUUUGGUUUCCAUGUUUACAAUUUUUACAGCUUUCCUAGCAUUUGAAAUGGAAAUGUCAAUAAAUGCUAUGAAUUGGUGUCAAAGUGAUAUUUUCUGUUUAUUUCCUUGGCAACAUGAUAGUUUUCUCAUUUGUAAAACGUGAAAAGUUGGGUGAGGUGACCUUUCAGUUCUCUAAAUCUGUGUCCCUGGUGAGAACACCUAGUCCUGCCUUUGUUUUCCAAGGAAUUAAGUUGAAAGUAUUCCAUUCGGCGAGGAACUUGCGGGAUCGGUUUCCACUCACAUCGCCAGCGCCACACCCUUCUGCUGUUCUGCUACCCACUGAUCGAAUUGAGGCAUCUGCUAAGAGCUGAUUCAUUUUGGAAUUAAAAGAUUUAGCAAGAAAUGAGAAGGUUAAAGUCCUUACAAUCUUGAAAGGUAAUAGGGUAAACCUGGAGUUUUGGUGAAACCCGAGGAAAUGAGAAGCCCUGGCAACUUAGAAAAGCAGAAGGAGCUCAGACCACAGGAGGACAUUGCAACGAGAUGAAAUGUGGAAUCCUGGAUAGGAUCCUGGGUCGGUGAUACCAACAGAGGAGGACCCUGGUAGGAACCCCGGGGAGAUCCAAAGAAUUGCUGUUGUUUUAACAGUUGGAUAGAGGGUAUUUUAUUGGUUUUGCUCUGUUAUGGUAUUAAGACUUAAAUAUUAGAGGAAACUAUGGAGAAGCUGUACAGAAACUCUGUACAUAAUUUUUGCAGUUUUUUUCCAAACCUAAGGUGAUUUUAAAAUAUAAGAACAGUUUGGGUGGUGUAGCUCAAUGGUAGUGUGUGUGCCUAGCAUACAGGGGUCCUCAAUUUGACUCUCAGCAUCACAAUACAUAAAAUAAACACAAGGCCCUGAGUUCAAUCUUCAGCAUCCCUCAUCUUACACACACGC